ACCCCUGUACAUGUAGAUGUGUGUAGCAUCCAAUGGUAUGGCAGCCUACACAUAUCCUAAAGAGGAGUAUGAUGGAGUUACACCAAGUCCACAGAAAGCAGAUCAUGAGAAUCAAAGGCAUGACUGCACUAGUGACAGCAUUAAGCCAGUCUGGUACAGCAGGGCACUGUCUUCAUAUGAAGAACAAAAUCCCAACCUGUCAACAUUCAGCUAUGGAAGCUUGGAAGCUUAUGGAGGGGAUGAAAUAAAUCAAUCGGUAAACAUAUUUGAAGAGUUGGAAGAACUGCGUUGUCAACGUCAGAAACUAACAGAGACCAAUGAAGCGUUGCAUAGGCGGCUGGAAACGACAGAAGAGUCUCGGACAGAGCUACUCAAUAAAGCAGAAGAAGCAAAGGAAACUAUCAGCAGUCUCCUACAGAAACAAAGUGUGUUUAAAGAUCAGAUGAGAGAGCUACGAGAUGAGAUCAAAUGUCUUGAAAACAACUCUUUGUGUUGGCAGAAUCAAGUAGCUGAACUGGAAGCAGAAAAGCAGUCCUUGGGGAAAAUUGUGCGACUAUUGAAAAGUGAGGAUACAGAGAAACUCUCGUUGAGAAGAGCAGUGGCUUCACUUGAAGAUGAGUUGGAAAAUGCAAGGAUAGAAAUAGACUCCAAGGAUAUCAAACUCAAAGAAGUUGUAAAGCACAGAGACGAGCUGAUAGAUGAACUACUAGAGGAGAACAAGAAUUACAUUGAGCUGUAUAAGAGUCAUAAAGACCUUCAAACAGCCUUUCAGGCAAUGAAAAUAGAGAAAAGAGAUUUAGAGAAGUCUGAGAUUCGACCAAUGAGAUCUAGUGUUGGUGAAGAGCUGAUCGAUAAGAAUGAAAACCUACUCAGUGAACUCAGAAUAGUAGUGAAUGAAAGCCCGGGUCCAUCGCCUAUCUGUGGUCUAGUAAGUUAUGAGAAAACAUCAGGAGAGAUCAUGGAAGGGUUACGAACCAUGGUAGAGAGUGUGAGUGCUGAGAUGGAGAGACUGGAUAUCACUCAGGCAGACCAGGAACCAGUGGAACAGAAUCUGAAUGAGCUGAGAGCUCAACAUGACAGUCUUCUGUGUAAAAUGAAAUGGAUCAUGGAAGCCAAGAAACAUUCAGAUCAAAGAGCAGUGAGCAUGGGAGACAAGUUAAAGGCUUUACGAGAAGAGAACGCUGGAAUGAAAGCCCAGUUACAGGGCCUGAAAGAGGACGUUACUGAACAUACAGAUGCCACCACUUUCAAUACCCCUGGUGAUGAUACAGAUCAUAGGCUGAGUCAAGCAGAGAAUGAGCUGGUGCUGGCAAGAGCAGAGGUCGAGCUAAUGGAGUUCACAUCUGGGAGAGACAAACAGAGGAUUAUAGACUUAGAGAGCUUGCUUUCUAUUUUACAGAAGGACCUUGAAUUGAAGAGGUUUGAACUGACAUAUGAGACAUCCAGUUUCGAAGAAGAACUAAUUUACAGAACUAAAAGACAACAUGCUAAGAAGAAGCCAGUGUCAGCUGACAGCAUUGGAGUGAUAUUGGACAAAGCAGGCAACACUGAGCCACGCAGGCCAAGAUGUUCACAUUGUAAACGAGAGGGAGUUGUAAGGAAUAAGAGGAUUUCUCCUGAAAGCAUCCCGUUCAAACCUGACCAGGCAGAGCUAGAGGAAUGCGUACAGAAACUACAAGAUAUUUCUCAUCUGGAUGAUACAUCAUCAGAUGAGGAUGUUCCUGACUGUGAGUCCAUAGAACCUUUACUAGAGUCUGGAUACAGAACAGAAGCCAGCAUUGGACGUAGCCCUGUCCCUUCUAAACACCAACUGUUUCCUCAGUCGUUCCCUAUUUCAACCGUUGUAGAUGCCUUAGCCUUAGAUGCCUUCCCCCAAUCAUUCCAUCCUAUUCCUAGUCUAGACAGAGCAACCUUCCUCUCCAGGUCAAGUGCCCUCCUGCCGCUCUGUCCUCGCUGCGGAUAUCACCUCGACCCUUCCCAACACCAAGUCUUCUCAUCUACGGAGAUCCUCUACCCCAAGCUCUUUGGUGCCUUUGAUCCCAUCGGCCUUCUCACAGGGGACGCCACAAGCAUAGCCGAACUCUCGGACACUCUAGAUGAUUUGUUCAAGAAUGAAGUGGUGAAGCCAUCGCUCCAGGAUUGUGGCACGCAAACUGAAACUGCCGAAGACCACUGUAAGGAAUCACAAAGACUUCCAUGCCAUGCCUGCGUCCAGACUGACCUAGAGGUUCGUAUUCGUAAAAUAGCCGGCACACAGACCGAAGAGGAUGCUGCUUGCUUGUUGAACAAGAGUUCAGAGGUCACGCAUCAAGGAUCAAGCACGUGUAGCCAGGGAGUGUCAGCUAGCGUUGUGCUGACAGAAACUCAAUCACAAACAGACAAUGCAGAAGAGAGCUGCGAUACUGUCCUUGUAGACAAUGCGGUUGAAGCGAGUCUAGCGAAGGUAUCACUGACAGGGAACUCAUCCACGCAGACAGACUGCAUUUCCAAUGAGGAUUCAUCGGUAGAAGUAACUAGCAUUGCUACACAAACCUUGCCAAACCCUAACCCAGCUACCUCAGCAUCUUCUUUCACCUUUGACCUUACCAUCCCCGUACCUUCUAACGACCAUCUGGCCCUCGUCAAGACAUCCUCUGUAUCAUCCACCUAUCUGGCGCCCUCUACCUUGCCUCCGCAUCUCAUCUCUGAAGAUUGGGAUUCUGAUAUCAGCUCCGAUUCGCCCCUGUUUGUCAGUGCACGGUCGUCACCUCUCGUCUUCGGCAAGCAAGAAGGGGAACCACCCAAGCCUGUCGAGACGCUGAGCUUCAAACCCAUAGGUGCAAGCAGAGAAAAGAUGGAACAGACUGUUCCUGCAUGUCUAGAUGAGAACUCUAAUAAAGACAUAGCAAGACACAAGCCCAGUGUACACAGAGAAACUGUGUUAAACCCAGAAAAAUCCACCAUGAGACAACGACGAUCGCUGGAAAGAGAAAGGAAAUACUCAGGAGUUGUUCAAGCAAGCAAUGGUGAAAUGGUAGACCUGACUACAGCAGAGAUCGAUGCAUCCUCAAUAACACCAUCAGACCAUGCCCUCAACGAGAAACUACUCUCCGAGUCAAGGAAGGUCACUGAGAAGUUUGAGAACAGGAGGGGGAGACGGUUCUCUCCUGCAAAGAACGAAGCUGAUGACGUAGUAUCCGAUGAUACUAGCCCAGACUCUUCCCCAGAACCUAUGAAGGGUGAUAUGAGUCCUUGUCUGAUCACUCAAGAAGAGAGGGUAGGAGCAGAGGGUGAUUCUGAUCCUGAAGAAGAGAAUGCAAAGAGUAGGAAAGUUUCAGAUGAAUUUGACAUCAAGGCUGAUCUUAUGAAAGCUAUAGGACCUAUAAAAACAGAUUCUACUCCUAAAUCAGCUUUGUCAAGCUCAAAAAUUAGACAGGAAAAGAAAGCCAAGCGACCCGUGUUCAAAUUACACUCCCCUAUGCCCGAGCUCUCGGAAGAAACUUGUGAAGACUCCUGCAGUCUACCCAACGGUACCCUCGAGACCCUGGAGACCGUCCUGGAGUCCAACACGGAUACGUGCAAGGCGGAGGUACCGACACAGUGCUCGGUCAAGCAGGAAGGGGAGGUCAAGUGGGAUGCAGGAGAGGGCGAGACCAAGCAGAGGAAGAGCUCUAUUCUGUCAGAGACGUUCCUCAAAACGCUCGGUCUAAAGAAGGGAGAAGGAGAUAAAACGGCAGUGUUAACCGAUCAAGAGGUGGAAGAGAAAUACAGCGCUUUAACGUUUGCUUUCAAGACUGAUCGUCUCACUCUAGAGCAGAGAUACAAGAUACAGCAACAUCAGAGGAAUGUUAUAGAGAACUAUCUCAAAGAAGAGAUAAGAGAUCAUGCUGCGGUUGUUCGGUCUCUGGAACAAAGAUGUGCAGAGGAUGAGAUCGCCAGAACGGACAUUAACAAACUGAAGCAACAUAUUGACGUGAUUCAGUAUGCCCUAGUCAAACUUGCCAGCAAGGCGGAGGGAUUCGGUGCAGUACAACAGGAGGAUAGAUUGAGCAGAGCUUCUGAUGUCAUGGUGACCCAUGUAGAGAAUAUCAAGAGAAGUCUGGAGAACGAAAAAAAAGAGCUCUCAGAAGCAAAGAGAGUUCUACAUGAAAACAAGAUCUUACUAAGAGGCAAUACUAUGACUGGUGAUGAUUCUGAUUCAGGAGGGAGAUUACGACGAGCAUCAACACUAACCAAUCCGGCUAUGAAGAGACCCUCGGGAGACCAACAUUCCUUGCAUGGCAUCGUGCGUCAAAAGCUCAUGCGAAAGAAUUCUUCAGACCUCAACGACUCUGACGAGUCUAAGCGCAGGGCAAGUGUAGCGGCUGUGCUAGGCUUCGGAAACUCUCCCCUCGGUGCCUCUUCCCUGGCAAAGAACCACAAUCGUGCACAAAGUGUGCCAGUGGCUAUCACUCGUAAGACCAUUCAAUUUUUUCAGGGGGAUGGGCGGAACCGGUUUGCCUCAUUGGCCAAUGCUGCUCUGAUUGACAGAUCUUUGACCAGCCCAGUAGGUGGAAGGGGUGCUUUAGAGACCUGUAAGGAGGGUGAGAGUGAGAAGAGAGACAUUCCUAGGUUCUCAGAAAUCAACAAAAAGAAACUCAGUAUAUCCCUCUCUGGUGGGAAUCACAGUCCAGAGCUUGCCCAGCUCUCUCCCAUCAAGCCUCUGACUCCACCAGCCUCAUCACCGACUGAUAAAUCACCUCGACUAGUCUCCUCAACUCCGGUGGUUAUCAGUGGGGACGGAGAGGGCAAGAAUAACAGUCAGAGGUCCAAAACAGAAGAGGAAAUCUUCCAGCAAGGAUUUGAACAAGGUGUGCGGUCUCAGAUCUCCCAGGAGUUGGAUGACCUUCGUGAUCAACAGAGGGCGCUGUGCGAGAAUCUUGAAGAGAUCAUGGAAGCAGCGGAGGACGAAGAUGAAGACGAGCAUGAAAAGAAUGGUGAGACACAGCCUAUAAUGAAAUUGAUGCGGCAAUACUCCAAGACUAUCCCAUGGUCUAGGGCGAGCAGGAUAGGUCGCUUGAUCCUGACUGGAACGCUCUUCAUCCUCGCCAUCAUCAGCAUCAUAGGGACCAUACUACCGCUGGAGAAGUGUAGUGGGGGUGGGUCGUUGCUCUCGGCUCCGUGGGAAGAGGUCGUGAGGGUUUUAGGGCCUUAUACUAAUAUAUACCACCCUAGCCCACCUCCUAUAUGAAUCUGAUACUUUGUACCCCUUAAAGGGGGUGAGAGGGGUGUAACGCUGCCCUCCGCCCGGUUAAAAGAGGUUGUGAGGGUCUUGCGACCCGUUACUAAUAGAAACCACCCAAGCCCACCUCCUAUAUGAAUUUGAUACUUUGUACCCAUUAAAGGGGGUGAGAGGGGUGUAACAAUGCUCCCUGCCCGGUGGGACGCAAAGUUGCGAGGGUCUUGGUACUAAUAUAAACCAACCUAGACCACCUCCUAUAUGAAUUUGAUACUUUGUACCGAUUAAAGGGGGAUGAGAGGGGUGUAACAAUGUUCUCCGCCCAGUGGAAAGAGGUUGUGAGGGUAUUGGGACCCGUUACUAAUAGAAACCACCCGAGACCACCUCUUGUGUGAAUUUAAUACUUUGUACCCAAAGGCUCGUUCAGAUAUGGCGCUGUAAGCCGCAACAAAGGUCUUGUGCGUAUUACACUUUAUGUUGUCAUCGUAUCUGAACAAGCCUUGAGGGUUAUGCGAGGUGCAGCACGGAUGUUCUACCCACUUCAUACACCGCCAAUAGAAUAUUGAGACAUUGUUAUCAGUUGAAGGGGCAGAGGAAAGCAGAACGACUCCUUAAGAGGGGUAGCAGGGGUGCAGUUCAUUAUGUCUGCUACUUCAGAAGUUGUUUAAUUUCUUCUAGCAGUCUGCUUGAACUCCUACAAAAUAUGGACCUCCAGUACCCUGAACACAAUCUUGGGAGCUCAGAAAUGAUUAUCCUUCUGGGGCCUGUUUCACAAAGCCUUUAUUCAAUGACAAAUGACAAAAAUCAGUGACAACUCUGCUGAUAACCAAUCAGAAGCAAGGAUUUCAGUAGCUUAUAACAAAGACUGUCAUUUGUCACUGAUGACAAGUUUUGGGAAACGGGUCCCUGAAUGUCAUUCAGUGUAGGUUUAUUGAGGAAUACAUUGAAGGAAUGAAUAAUGAUUCAUUGCAAUAGAUUUUAUCCAAAGCCUUCCAUACGUGUACAAGAGAUGUCAAAACGAAAUAGAUUCGUAGAACUCGUAUAAAAUCAUCAAUUUGUUAACUGUCAGCCUUCCACGAAUGCUGGUACAGUUUGCCUAAAGUUAUUAAUGUUCCUUAUAUACCUGGGUAGCAUUUCACAAAACCGUCAUAAGUGCAAGUUCACCGACAUCCCAUUGAAAUGCUUGUUAAACUUAAUACACGCAUUUCAAUGGGAUGUCGGUGAACUUGUACUUAUGGCGGUUUCGUGAGACGCUGCCCUUAUGUUUACACUUUGUAUAAAGCUGUAUAUAAUUUAUCACCCAUAGCCUUCCCAACUAGAUAUACCUGAAAUUGUAGAUAUGUUUAGAGUUUUGUAUAAACGUGCUCAGAUUUUUCAUCAUUAUGUACUUUUUCAUUUAUGUUCCAUGCAGUGCAUGGCAGGAAAAUGUUUACAGUUCCAGAUCAAUAAAUUUAGUACUACAUGAUCAAGAGUUAUAUUUUACAUAAAAAGUGAUCUUGAUAAUAUUGAUAUAUGUUGUGUAAAUGAAAUGAAUUGAUAUACUGUGACUGAACUCAUUUUCAAAUAGUUAUAUAUUAAAGAAUAUAUGCAAUAUCCUUACACAGUAUAUGAAGAGGGGAUAUUUAGCGAGUAGUUUUACAUGUUUUUGUGCAUUUUUAGUAGUGUCAUUUAUAUAUGGACCCAUGGGUGUAAAGUGCCUACUAAGUGUGACAUUUAAUACAGAGAUUGAAAUCCAAAGCUAACAGUACACAAGCUUUGUUUUAAUUUGAUCUGACUUGACUCUAAAGGCUUGUUCAGCUAUGGUGCAGUAACCGCCACAAAAUG